UUCACCUCACUUCUCUGGCUCUUUUACCGCAGACGACGAGACGAAGACCGACCUCUGUCUCGGCGUACCUUCUGUCCCUACCCGAGGAACAAAUCGGUCACCUUCUCCCCUACCGCCACUGACCCCCGUGCGAUCGUUGGGAUCGAGCCAGGUGAUAAAAUUCGUUGUACAUUGCACCUCCGGAAAUGAGUUUGGACAAUGAAGAUCAGGAACUGCUCGAAAGAAAAUAUGUAUCUGAAAAGCAGCCUAAAGUAUCAUAUACAAGAGAAUAUCUUUUGUCUUUUAGCAACUUGGAUAUUUGCAAAAAAUUGCCCAGUGGAUUUGAUGCUUCAAUAUUGAGCAGUGAGUUCGAUGAAGCAUCAAUUAUUGUAAAUGAGCAACAAAGAGGUGUUGGAAGAUUAACUUUUCAGAGUACAAAGCACAGUGAGUAUGGAUCAUCACCGCCAAAUAGGUUAGAAACCACAGGUAGUUUUCCUCGAGGAAACUUUGGGAGGUGGGAUGCACAUUCGUCUGGAACUAGCAAUAAAGAUGGAGAUGUUCAAGCUAAUCAUGAAGGAAGUACUCAAGACUCUGGUAGGCAUUCUGGAACCCAAUCUCGACGUUUCUUGCAACAUCCUGAGCAUGAUGGACUUCUGGGAAGUGGUACAUAUCCAAGACCUUCAGGAUAUGCAGGAUCCUCAGCACCAAGAGCUAGAAUGGCUGGUCACUUUCAGCUUAAUAGAACUCAUGAACCUUAUCAGCCCCCACGACCUUAUAAGGCUUUACCAUUUCAACGGAAGGAUGAUAAAGAUUCAUGUAAUGAUGAAACAUUUGGUUUGGCUAAUUAUUCAAGUGAGGACAGAGUGGAAGAAGAGCAGAGGAGAAGAGAGUCCUUCGAAUUGAUGAGAAAGGAACAACAGAAAGCACUGCAAGGGAAGCAAAAGCAGAUUCCUGAUAACCAAAAAGAGAAACUUGAUGCUGAUAUUAUUGCAUUACUAGAGAACUCGGCUGAUAAGAAAAGCAUAUUGAAUGAAACUCACAAGGCGGAUGAUUCUUCUUCAUUGUCUAUAAAUGAUUCUUCCAGGCCUCCGACUAUGCGAGUGCCUCUAUCUCGGCCACUUGUACCGCCCGGUUUUUCUAAUACAACACUGAACAAAAUCCUUCCUAUUCAGCCUUCAAACACUAACUCGUCGGAGGCUAGAUUUGUGGAUACUGUGGACAACCUUCCUCUAGAUGGCACUGAUAAUGGUCAAGAAAAGAGGAACCAAACAGAUCCAUUCUUGAACAACAGAAUGCUAAACAAUGGCUCUAUAUCUGAUGUCCUUGUCAAUGACACAGAUAAAAUUGCGAUUCCAGCAUCAGGUCUUGAAGUUAUGAAGCUGUUAGCAGAUGCUGAAAACAUAUCCUGUGCAGCCUCUGGUCUUCACAAAACAAACAAAGUUUGUGAAGGAAUCCUAGAGAAUGAUGAUUCAGGCAAAAAUGAGAAGACUUCUGAGAUUACACACACACUUGUUGAGGAUAGUUCUCUGUUAAUUCUGGAAAAGUUGCUUGGUCAUUCUCUGUCAAAAAGUUCUGGCAGUCCAAUUUCCUCUGAGAAUCAAGAUUUUAAAACAGAUGAAGAGACAUGGGUUCCUACAAUUUCUGAAUCUUCUAAAUUUGCUAGUUGGUUUGUCAAAGAAGAAAACAAGCAUUUGGAUGAUUUCUCAUCAAAAGACUUGCUCACUAUGAUUGUGAAUAACGAGAACAUUGGGUCACCAGCUUCUGUGGAUUCUUCUAACAAAGCGAUUGAGCAUAUGGCACCAAGCUUACCAUUCAAACAUAGUGAUAUGACAAAGAAGCUUGAUGCAUCUCCUGCACCUAGUCCUGUUGUACUCACAUGUGAGGACCUUGAGCAGUUAAUCUUGACUGACACUAAAGGCAGCAGUUCAAAUCUGCCGCAUGCUGUUCUGGGAACGGGGAUGACAAAAGAUGGAAAAUUGGAACGGCAAAAAUCUGAAGUUGAUGAUCAUGCGUCACAACAUCUUCUUUCUUUAUUACAGAAGGGGACAAAGAAAGAGAAAGAGAUGGUAUCAGUAACAUCUCCUGCUCUGGAAAUUGGAUCGCUUGAAAGAUUUUCCAUAACUGACACAUGUUCUGGUGUUAAUCUUGGGAUUGUUGAGUCCAAUUCUUGCAACUCUGAGACAGUGUCCAGCUCUGAGAAGAACCUAACACUCGAAGCAUUAUUUGGGUCAGCAUUUAUGAGUGAGCUCCAAUCUGCUCAAGCUCCAGUCUCUGUACAAAGAGUUGUGGAUGAUGGAGUCAACACUACUGCCAUUCCGACAUCGCUUGGAUUGCCAUUUCCAAGUCCAGGUAUUAGUUUCUUAACUUCUAAUUCUCGUGAUUAUCAACCAAACAAGCCCAUUCAUGAAAUAGAUAUGGUAUUUUUGAACUUUGUUAAAGAUGUCCAAUGUAUUCUUGGCGUUGGCAAAGAGCAAAGAAACUCUCCUGUUGAGGACUUGAAAUUUAGUGCUGCUGAUUUUGAAGAAAAAGCUCCAGAAACGCACUUGCCAGAUGAGCAUAGUUUGAUUUCUGGAAUGACAUCUUCUCAGUUACCUCAUAGGAUCAAUCGUGCGAGGCCUCUUGACCCAGGGUUGGAUCCUCUUAAUAGGAAUCAACAGAUGAAGUCUAUGGGUCCUGAAGGCAUCCAUCAUGGCCCUUACCUUAAUUUUCCUGAAAAUAUUGUUCCAUAUAAUAAUCCACAUCAUGGGAGCGAUCCACGCAUCAAUCCUGCUGCCUAUAAUUUGAUGUUGCAGCAGAUGCCAAUUCCGGGAAACUUUCCCCAACAGGUAUUUCUUCAAGGUUUGCCAAGAGGUGUACCGCUAUCUCAUCCCAUGAAUCAUAUGCAAGGGUACAUACCCAAGAUCAGCAAUGUGCACAAUAUGUCAUUACAUCAUCAGCAGCCAAAUUAUGAUGGCUUGGGAAUGGGAAUGCAAGGAUCUCUUGUUGGAAGUGGCAGAAAAAAUCAUCCGGAGGCAUUUCAGAGGCUGAUCGAGAUGGAACUGAGAGCUAAUGCAAAACCAGUUCACCCUGCGGCUGCUGGCAACAUUCCUGAUAUGUAUGGUCCCGAAUUAGGAAUGAGCUUUAGGUAUAGUUGACUAUUAACAAUGUAGUGCUUUCAUAUCACCAGAAGGUUGUUGAACCCCUUGUCUGUGCCUCGGUGGAUGAUGUUUUUUUUUCUUUUUUUUAAUGCUGGUGUCUUUUUGCAUUGUGUAUGAUAGCUUUUCGAAUAGCCUCAACAGGAGGUCUGUGUAUGUUGAACUCUCCCCUCCCAGAAGAAGAACAAAGAAGUAGGAUGUAGUUGAUGGCGAUCCAGAUGAGAGGGAGUCGGUUCUUUUUUUGUACUGUGUCAGUAGCUCAUUAGAACAAAACUUUUUAAGGUUCUGCUCUAAGCCUCUAGACUGUUUUAGUGUCGGCAAGAGGACAUGGUAGGGUUUGAUAUCGGUGCAAUGCUAAGACUCUUUUUGCAGA